AUGUCGACACCACAAGCUCCAAGCACUGUCAAGUCUCGCGGUAGCAAUUUGCUACCAACGGACGCAGGCACCGAUACUAAUCUACCAGGGGACAGAGUAGCUAUCCAGAUUCCCCAUAGAUCAUUGGGUCCUUCUGCUGAAGAAGACCAGAGGAAUGCCGAGUCUGAGCUGUGGUUUGACGAGGCAAAUCGUCGGGUUACUUCACAAGUGGUCGGAUUAGGAGAUGAUGCACCCUUUUUCUUAAAUGAUACCGAGGCGGCGGUUCAAUCAGGCGACAAUCGAUCCAGCUCUGUCCCCUUGGAGGACCCAAUUCUGUCUUAUAUGCACACGAAUGACAGUCAAAGAGAGAAUGAAGAACUCCGUAGCAUCAUCGACGAUUUAACACUAGAUAUAAAACGAUUAAAGCGAAAAAUCCGGAGAUACAAAGAGAAAGACCCCCCUCAACUACGAGGAGACAAGCUGUUCGAUGUUCGCACUUAUGGUCUUUCAAGUCGAAGGAAACGACACUUGGAAAAGAUUCUCCAGCGUUUCGCCGAUGAUAUCUCAGUCAGCCCGCAGUUUGCAAGAAAUCGACGACGACAGCCUCUUCGAAAAAGCAACCAUGUGAUUGCCAUGACGAGCUUGCCAGACGAGGAUACUCGUAUGGCACUCGUGGCCAUGCUUUUUGAGCAGCUUCUGUGCUCUUCUGCUAUCAAAGUCGCCCACCAGUAUCCUUUAAACGCGAAACCUCUUCCUUCUUCUUGGUAUAACUUGAAAGAUAUACUGGGUAUAAUUAAACAAAUAAUCAACAAUGUUGAUAUUGACUUUGGGCGCAAAGCUUUGAAGCGAUACAGCACGACCCUUGAACUUUCUACAGACGGUUAUUGUGUGAGACUGCAAGCCAACGAAUCCCAGAACACGUCCAGCUACCAAAAAGCAACUGAAAGUUUGCCAUGUCAACAGAUUCCACUGGGUCAAGAAAACAUCAACUCCAAAUCUAGGCACAAAGCUUCCUUCUACGUACCGUAUACAUUCUCAACACGCGAUAGCGAAGCCGAUGACGGUGAUGCUGUAUCUAUGAUAAGCAGCAGUUCUGCACUUACAGGACAAGCAUCUGUAAGCAGCGUCCGCGGACGUACCUCAAUCUCUCAACUAGAGGCUCAGGCCCCGUCAUCACAUGAUUCACAAGGCAGGGUGACUUAUUACAAGGACACAUCCUUCUACAUUGAUUACUCCGGUGAAAGCUUUGGCAUCGUGAGCUCGCAAGAACAAGAAGCCUCGUCACGUCUAAAAGGAUUGAAAAGGAAGCGAAAGCGUCAAGGAAGCCUUGAGCUUACACAUGAUGAACAUACACGGCAAACAGCGAAUGCAACAGCGGACCGAUUCAGUUCUUAUGCUAAUGAGAAAGAUUCACCGAAGAAUCUCAGUGAAAGCAGUUCGCCGAUUCUGUCCCACACUGAGAAGCCAUUAACAUCUGUAACAGAUGGGUACAAAACAAUUCCGAGAGAAUUUGAGGCUUCGGGUGUUGGAGGCGUGGUUCCUGAUGAUAACUUUGCAAUACACGUCAUGGUUGAACAUGCUCCGGUUAAUAUUACCACUGAUCCAGACAAGCAAAUUGGGAACAGUACCAAGGAGAUAGAGGGAAGGGGCCACAACAGUCUUAUAACAUCACAAGGCUUCUUGAAUCAUCUUUUGAACAAGUCCGCGGGUAGUAGAUUGAAUGAUCAGAGCAAGAAUGCAUUCAAAUCAUGCGUCAUAUCAGGUACCCACGAAAACCUAAACUCGUCUUCUUUACCGCCCGCUACGUGCGGAUUUUUCUCAUCAGCUAGUUCGGAUGACGAUAGCACUGAUGAUGGUGACAACGAAGUUGAGGAGCAUUAUGAAGCGGAGAAAGAUGCCAGUAAAGACUAUGCAUUCAAAACUGGGAUGCGGCAGGCUAUACUGUGCGAUGAUGGAGAGUCGCCGGCGUCUAUGGAAUCGAUUGAAAAAUGGAGUGCACAGGUUGCAGCUUCGCUUGGAAGUGACGAGAAUGCAAGCAGUUUGUCGGAGAGGAGAGAUACAGGUGGUUCAAGGAGUCACUAUGGACGAGAUCAAGGCCAAAACCGGAGCUCCGUUUCAAGUUGCUAA